UAGGAGAAAGUAGAUAUGUUUUUAUGGAUUUAACGCUCAUAUUUUUGUUAUAACUAUGUACUGGUCUACUAUUUUUUCAGUAUUUCAAAGGAGAGACUGAAGCACUAUGGGGUUUGAAGUAAUCUUAUUGCUUCUGCUGACAGUGACAUGUAAGUUAAUGAUUGAAUGGAUUUAAAUGAAUAUUCCUAAGGAUAUAAAAAAGACUUUAUGUAAUGUUUUCUAUUACAGAUGCUCCAGUACACAUUUCUGCUGUGUCAUCAAAAGCACUUUCCACGGACAGUGAAAUCUGCGGAUGUAACUGUGAAUUGUGCCCGGGCUACGUACAAGCUACCACAGCUGCACUUACAACAAUCUGUAAUACAGCAACAACCACCUCAACUACAACUGGACCAAUAACAACUGCAACAUAUACAACUACCACCACCUCGACAACAACCACACCUGUUCCGAAUACGACUGCAAUACUCAUCACAGCCACAUCAACAAAUACCACCACAGUUUUUCCAAACUCAAUCAAGACAUCCACUACAACAACAACCACAGAUGCUCCUAAAACAGCUACUACUACAAAAACUACUUCAAUCCCAGCUGUUCCAAAUACAUCUACAUCCACCACCAUUUUAACAACAACCAUAGAUCUAAAAACAACUACUUCUACAAACCCAACAUCAACCACAGCUGUUCCAAAAACGACUACAGCCACAACCACCCAGAUAGAAACAACAACCACAGUUUUUCCUAAAACUACUGCGACAACCACCCAAACAACAAAAUUCUCUGAUUCAAAAACAGCUACAACUGCUACAACAACCACCUCAACAAAUAUAACAGCUACAGUUGUUCCUGUAACAGCAACCACUACUACCACCCAAACAACAUCCACUGUUAUUCCAAAAACACCCACAUCAGAAACAACUCCAACAACAACCACUGUUCUUAAAACAGCCACAGCUACUACUACUACCUCAACAUCAAGUAUAACCAGUGUUGUUCCAAUAGCCACUUCAACCACUACCACAUCCACCCUAACAAAUACAAUAACAACCACAGCUGCUCCUAAAACUAUUUCAACUAUUAUUACAGCCUACCCAACAACAACCACAACCAUUCCUAAUAGAGAAACAACUACAUCUGCAACGACUUCAACAAUCUCAACCACUAUUUUGAAUCCAGCCCCAACUACUACCACUUUUAGUGUUUCUACUUCACCUAGCAUUGGACCAGCUUCAAUAAUAACAACAACACCCACACAAUCAGUUACAAUCACUAGCACACUUAUUACUACUACUACAACAACAAAACCUCUAACUGCUCAAACAACUACAAUUGGUAACACUUCAACAACCAAAGUCUCCACCAGCAUCGGGGUUACUCCAUUAACAGUCACUUUUGUACCAACAACACUGACAAAUGCUCCAAAUAUAGAGACAACAAAAAUAACAAACCCAUCCAUUACCAAAUCUUCAUUAACCGCAACAACAAAUGAAUCCACCACAUCUGCUGACACAUUAACAAUCAAUUUUCUGAAAACAACAAUCACAUCUGCACCUACAACACCUGUAAGUAAUACUGCAUCAACAACAACCACAAAAUCUCAACCAGCUAUUACUGCUGAGUUCACCGCAACAAAAUUCCCCUCUAGCACAGAAAACAGUCUAAUAUCAACUGCAAUUACAACAAAAACACAAACAAAUGCAACAUUAACCUCAGUUGUAUUUACACCUGUCCUCUCUACUACUACAGUUUCACCAACCACAGUUACAUUAAAGACAACAACAUUUGAACCCAUAACAACAGCUAAAAUAUCAAUGACCACCAUUCAACCAAAUGCAAUCACAACUGCACUUCCAACAAGUCAAAUAGUCACUUCUGUUACACCAUUAACAUCUACUAAUGGUUUAACCACCACAGUGAAAACCACAACAACUGGAAUGUAUUCAACUGAAAGUAAAACAAGUAGUCCAACAACCAUGCUGGAGGCAACUACACUCACUGGUCCAACAACAUCAACUAUGAAUGUAUAUAUACCAACAGAAAACAUUGUAUCUACCAUAUCCUUAUCAACCCCAGCAGAAAAAUUCACCUCACCCAACAGUUGUUUCAGGAACCACAACCACGAGAAACUUUACCACUAUUUCAGCCACAAGCACAAUUUUAAGCCCCGUGCCAACCACUGCAACCACUACAACUCUUUCAAAAAUUACAUCGAUUACUACAACAAAUGA